AUGGCCGAUGCCAACAACUCCCGACUGUCUUUGCCCAAGCAUGCAGACGCCCGGCGCAGUCGGUCCUUUGGCGGAUGUGGAACUGUACGCGCUGACUUGCUUCAGUGUCGAAACCGCCGGAUGAAGUGCGACGAGGGUCGGCCGACGUGCUCCAUGUGCAAAGCCUCCAACCUCACAUGCAGCGGCUAUGAGAAGAACAUCUUUUUCGACUUCGAGGAGAUUCCGAGUGCCGGAAUGGCGCGCUUUAGGAGACCCUUGUUGACAGAGUCGGAACGCGAGUCAAUGAGUGACGAACUCGUCUCCAGCAUUCCGCCGGCGCUGACUCUUUGGCACAUUGCCCAGAUCGAGGACGAGUGCGAAAGGACACCAUUGUCCCAGAGUGUUCAAAUCAGUCGAGGUCCUUUCGGGGCCUUCAGGGUACAUCGACUCUCAUUGGAAUCUGCAAAAGCUGUCCCCGAAUCAAGCCCAGAAUCAAACAAUCCCACAGUCGGCAGCCCUCCAAUGGCCGCGAAAGAGAUCGGCGAGGACAGUCCUGAGGGAGCAGACGAGGAGCUCAUGAAUUCAUCAGACGGUCCCCCAACACAAGAGACGACGCCGUUGCUUGGGCCUGCCCUUGCCUGCCUGGACCACCGUCCAUUAAGCCCUCUGACGGAGUGGUGGAACACGAACGAAUGGUGGAACAUGGGCGAUCUCCCAGACGUGAGCAACUGGUGGGACACGCCCGUGGAUCUAGAUCGCGUACGCGAUAUAACCGACAAUGUCUCUUUCACCGGGAUUGCGCAAUAUCCGAGAGUACCGAUGCACGUCACUUCGCAAGAUGUUCAAGUUUGUAUACCAAGCAUGUUUGCAGACACCCAAUCUCAACAGCUGGCCACGCCGGACAACUGCUCCAUCGCCCCCACAAUCGACUACGCUGUUCCUCACGAUGCCGUGUUCCUUCUCAGACACUACUCUACAACAGUCCUCCGCGGCUUCACGCCUUUCCGCCACAGUAAAACGCCAUGGCACAUCCUAUUCAUACCUUACGUCAAAAGCUGCCUCGCAGCACUGACUCUUGGAGACGACAUGGACCACGCCAGCCAGACGGCAUUCUACGGUACUCUCGCCAUCAGCGCCUCCAGCCUCGGCGGCAUCUCCAACUCGCGCAAGUGGUCCGAACAGGCAAAUAACUACAAGCAGCGUGCUCGUCACCACGUCCGGCUCAUGCUGCAGACAGCCUACGAUGUUCCCAAAAAGGCAAAGUACAAGUCAAUACUGAUUGCCUUACUGACAAUGGUGCAAAUCUCAAGCGUCUCUGGUAGCCGUGACCAAGUGGAGUGUUAUCUCCUAGAAGCGGAAAAGUUUAUACGCGUCAAGGGGCUCAACAGGAAGAAGUCUCGCAAGGUACGACUGCUGCAUCACUGUUACGCGUUCGAGCGGGUCUUGCACGAGACCACGUUUCCGGGGAGCACGCAGUCUCCCCAUCGUCUUCACGUGCGCAAGGUGAUUGAGACCAGCAACGCUAGCGCAUAUAGCCUGGAUAGUCUGUCGUUCCAGCUGACUAGUUGGAGCAACCUCGACCAAGAAAUGCUCAAGGUCAAGGGGCGGGAGGAGGGGGAGAACGAUCUCCAUCUUCAGAUCCCGGGUGUCUGGCUCCCGACGCUGUACCCGGAAAUCUUUGGUAUCCCAGAGAUCUACAUCUUCCUCCUGUCGCUUGUCAUAAGGCUGGCUCGGUCAAAAGAAGACCCGGAGUACUCGAGUCCCGCGGCACUCAAAGAGUUCAUGUUCCGCGCCAAGGCUGUCGAGAGACGUAUUCAUCAGCUCAGACGGCAGCCCGGAUACGUGCUAGAAGACCUGCCGACCUCGGACCCGGAGCUACAGCACUGCCAGCAGUUUUUAGAUAACCUCUCGCAGGCCAUGCAGCUGGCCCUGACCAUAUUUUUCUAUCGGAGGGUGUACGACGUGGAGGCGGACAUGUUACAGGAUAAGGUCGUCGGCGUUCGGGAUUGCUUGCUGCGGUUCGAGGCUACCGAGUCCGAGAUGGGGUACGGAUCGGCUAGGCUGGUGUGGCCUGCGGUGAUUGCGGCGAGCGAGGCGGAUGACUCAGAGGUGCGGGAAUCGUUUGCACAGUUUUUCAGGGAUUGGGCGCGUCGGAGCGGUCUUCGUAUCUUUAGCGAUUCUCUCAUCGCGAUCACCGGUGCCGGCUCCGGCAUGGGCCUUUCAACGGCCCAGCUCCUAGCCUCCCGCGGCGCUAAGCUAUCACUGGCGGAUAUCAACGAAGACUCUCUUAAAGAAGCAAUCUCAUCUCUGGAAGAUAGCUCAAGCCACAUGUACGAAGUUGUCGACGUAAGGAAAGGCGAUGUCGUCAACACUUGGAUUCAAAAUACGGUCACGAAGUUUGGCAAGCUUGACGGGGCUGUCAACAUGGCUGGCGUCAUUACUCACGCCACACCCGUUGCAGAGCUCACAGACAAGGAUUGGGAUUUCGUCUUUGAAGUCAAUGCUAAAGGUGUCUUCAACUGUCUGCGGUCACAAUUAGGAGCCAUGUCUGCUGGAGGCAGCAUAGUAUCUGCGGCUAGUGUUUUCGGCCAGUUUGGAGCUCCUGGCAACGCUGCAUACUGUGCCAGCAAGGCAGCUGUCAUUGGUUUGUCAAGAACAGCAGCCAAAGAAAACCAAAACAUUCGUGUGAAUUGCGUGUCACCUGGCUCUGUCAACACGCCGUUGUCUCGUGGAGAAAAUCCAGAAGACGUGAAGCGCGGUCUACAAGUAACCGCGCAGAAGAGAAGAGCAGAGCCCAUCGAGAUUGCUCGCGUCAUCGCGUUUCUUCUCAGUGAUGAGGCUUCUUUCGUCACAGGAGCUGUGUACAAUGUUGAUGGCGGUUGGGUAUGUUGA